UGUCCGUGUCGAUUCAACGUAGGCCAAGCGCACGGGUCAGGUGCCUUGAAGAGCACUAUGCCAUCGUCUGACACGCGGAGUCUCCGGGGUUUGUGCAUGCUGCCGGUAGCCUCGGUUUUUCUGCUGCCAUUGUGGGGGCUAGCCGCAGCUGGACGGUGUCCAGUACUACAGACUGCGGCUCAAGUGGACUGGUCAGCGCUCGCAGGAAAGUUCUGGCUCGAGAUCGCCACCAACCCGCCCAUCCAGCAGUGCAUCGUGAGGGCCUACUACCCGCGACGAGCCACUAUGAUGUGGUAUCGACUCGAAGGAUACGGUGGUGUGGUAACAAAGAAGAAGCAAUACAACUUCUUCGGAGACGAGGGCGUGCAGUAUCUGCAAAGAGACGGAAAGUUUUUUCAACAGAUACUGGACACCGACAACCAGUCCUGGGCUCUGGUUCAUGUGUGUUCCAAAAACGACGGAAAGUCCAAGAUUCUAUUCACCACCCUGGAACCGUGGACCAUGAUGCCCGUGGAAGUGCAGCAGCGGGUCACCGUGGCGCUCCACACGGCGGGGCUGCCCAUGCUGCCGCUGAUGCAGUCCCCAUGCGUGCCACGCCGGGAGCUUAUGCCGAGUAGUGACUACGGGAAGUAAAGGAAUCGCU